UAUAACAGAGGAGCGGGGGCGACCUCUGGACCCUCUCACGCGCAGCUCGGUCCCGGUCCCGGUGCUGUCAUGUCCCGGGUUCUGAUCGUCGGUGCGGGGCUCACCGGAAGCCUGUGCGCGUGCCUGCUGCGGAGGGAACUGCAGAGUCGCGUGCACAUCACGGUGUGGGACAAAGCGCGAGGAGCAGGGGGCAGGAUGUCCACCAGUCGUCCUCCUGACAGUGUUUGUCAGUCAGCUGAUCUGGGAGCUCAGUACAUCAGCGCCACGGCAGCCUACGCCCAGUCCCACCACAGCCUUUACUCUGAGCUGCUGUCCUCAGGUGUCCUCUGUCCUCUGGACGGUCUCAUCGAGGGUUUGCAGCAGAGAGACGACGUCCGGGAUUACGUCACACCACGAGGCAUGAGCAGCCUGGUCAAGCACUUCCUGUCUGAGUCAGGAGCUGAUUUGUUGUUGGAGCAUCAUGUGACUGGCCUGUACCGCCGUGGUGCAUCAUGGGAAGUUCACAGGAAGCAGGGAGACAGCGAGACAUUCGAUGCCGUCGUCCUGACGAUGCCCGUCCCCCAAAUACUACAACUGCAGGGAGACGUGGGAGAGAUGCUGUCUGUCUCUCAGAGGGAGCAGUUAGACAGGGUGGAGUACUCCUCUCGCUUUGCACUCGCUCUUUUCUUCCCUCCAGACGUCGUCUUCAGCUUUGAUUGGACGGCUCGAUACGUCUCUGAUAACUCUGUCAUCCGAUACAUCGCAGCCGACUCCCGUAAACGCCACGCAGACAGUGGGGGUCCGUCCCUCGUGGUCCACACCUCUGUCCAGUUUGGCGUUGACCACCUGGAGCAGGACAAAGACGACGUCCAGCCAAUCAUCUUACAGGAGCUGCACAAGCUGCUUCCUGGUCUACCUCAGCCAAUCAGCAUCAAGUGUCAGAAGUGGCGUUACAGUCAGGUGAUCACCUGCGUCCCCGACGCCCCGGGUCACAUGACCGUCCUCGACCGGCCGCUGCUCGUUGCCGCCGGUGACGCCUUCGUACACUCAAACUUCGAUGGAUGUGUGGAGUCCGCACUGAGCACGCUCAGUGUGUUCAAGGCCUCACUGUGACCUCACCUGUCUCUCUCACCUGUCUCUCUGUCAUGUAAUGAAUAAAUUUCUCA